AUGGCGUGGAAAUCAUCCGGGGUGUGGAAAAAGCCCAUCGACCUACCGCAGACAAACAGAGAUGACUCAAGCUUCCCGGGACUCAAACCAAAGGGUCCUGAGGCUGCCACCAAAAUUGAAUAUGAGGAGCUUCAACAAAACGAGCUCAUCGCCCUUGAAGCUAUUUAUGGGGAAGAUUUCAAAUCAGACCCUUCAUUCGAUGUUCGCAUCAGGGCGUCUUCUGAUGACGACUUUGCCGUCACCCUGGGCGUAGUAAUGACUGCUACGUAUCCCAAGAGCCCGCCAUUGUUGACUCUGAAGAAGACCGGCGACCUUCGUGAGGUUACCCUGUUCAAGCUGCAGAAGUUCAUCGAGACUCAACCCAAAAUCUUUGCGACUGAAGAGCAGGAGAUGGUGGAUCGAAUCGUAGAAGGAAUCAGAGACAUUCUUGAAGACGCAGCUCAGGCUAAGGCGAAGGGUCUUGAGCUGCCUUCGCUCGAAGAAGAGAGAGCGGCUCAUGAGGCCUCAUUGGCCAAGCUAGCCCAGGAGCAGAAGGCAGAAGAGGAACGCAAGAGAGAGGAAGAGAACAAGGAGGAAGAAAGAGUUCUUGGUGGCCUGUUGCAGGUUGAGUUGAAACGCCAGAAGGAUAAGGCGAAGGAGACACGCAAGAAAAAUCGACCCAACGGGCUACCGUCUCUCGCCCCAAUGGACGGCUCCAACGGCCCUGAAAGUGGUCGCAUAAUAUUCGAUCGGCCCUGUCACACGACUGACAAAACUGGAAACAUCAUUUCUUUCCAGGCUGUUUUCGGAAAGUCUGAAGUCGCCAAAGGCCCUGUUUCAACCGUCUUCUCCGUUUGGCCCGUCGUCGGCAGUGGGCAGGACUGUCCCAACUUGGCGCUCAAGGAGGCCAUUCUCCGCACAACUGCAAAGGAGGAUGCCUCUGUCUUCAAGAAGCAGGUCCAGUCUCUCGAAAGCCAACUCGAGGCACUCAAGCAAGUGCGUCACCGCAAUCUGCUCGAGGUCUUGGACUUCAGGGUGGAACGCGAGAAGAGUAAUGCCGCAAAAGUAUUGGCCACUCUUUGGACCGUCAACGUCCUCACGCCCAGCGCUGAAAAGGGAUCACUUGCUGAACUUCUUGACCUGGCUGGUCAAUUGGAUACUAGUAAGGUGCGCGCUUGGACGCGAGAUCUACUUGAUGCUCUCAAUUUCUUGCACAACAAGUCUAUGGUCCACCAAGACAUCCACGCAGGAAACGUCUUGCUUUUCCGGGAACAAACCGGAGAGGUUGUGCCAAAGCUCGCAGACGCAGGCUACCAAAGAGAAUUGCAUAACAUCUCAUCCAAAGGCCAUGUGCCGUUAGGACUGAGCUCUGCAAAGUCUGCUUACUGGCUGCCGCCAGAGACUGCCGCGCUGUCGAAGCCGCAUUACACGCAAAAGACAGACAUGUGGGAGUUUGGUAUCGUCUUUCUGCAGAUGAUAUUCGGGCUUGACGUGCCUCAGAAGUAUCAUUCGCCUUCCUCUGUGUCUGAUUCGAUGUCUCUGUCGAGACCGCUGCAAGAGUUGGUCACAAGAUUUUUCAAGGCAGACCCCAAGAAACGGCCUCGUGCUUUCGAGCUGGGAUCCAGCGAAUUCCUUGCCACAGAUGCGCCCGUAAUAGUGGAGGACAGUCCUGCAAUCACGUCAAACUAUCAUUCCCUCAACGCACUAUCGCCAAUACCCCCACGGUUGAGACGCGAGUCGACGAAUAGAACUCUUGCAUCGUCAAGAUACCGGGAAGACUUUGACGAGGAGGGUCGUUUAGGUAAAGGUGGAUUUGGCGAGGUGGUAAAAGCCCGGAAGAAGCUGGAUGGGCAGAUAUAUGCCAUUAAAAAGAUCAGCCAAAGGUCGCAAGCGAGCUUGACUGAGAUCCUGAAAGAGGUUCGUCUGCUAUCUCAGCUCAGCCAUCCAGCUGUGGUUCGGUACUACAACACCUGGGUCGAGGAGGUUCCGGACCAGUCGGACACAGAGGGCGAUACAUCCACAGAAGACUUGAACACAGAAGACUCCCGAGACACGGUAUCUCAAGGUGCCGCUAUCCACUUUGCCACAAGCACAGGUGGCCUGGACUUUAUGUCGUCAAGUGGCUACCCGCAGGUUGAGUUUGGCUACGAUGAUUCGGACGCUGAAGAAGAUUCUGAUGAGGAAGAAGAGGAUGAUGACGAAGAAGACUCGGAGGACGAGAGCGACUCCGAUUCCGACGACAGCAGCCAGGCGGUCGGACGCGCACCAAGGAGCAAAGAGAUCCUGAGGAGAAAUCAUUCCCACAGAUCUUCCAGGACUGUGUUGUACAUCUCCAUGGAAUAUUGUGAGAAACGAAUACUCGAGGGUCUUGCCCAUAUCCACGGUCUCAGCAUCGUUCAUCGAGAUCUCAAACCCGAAAACAUCUUCAUUGCUCAUAGUAGCGAUGGGACGGACAACGUCAAAAUUGGCGAUUUUGGACUGGCGACCAGCGGCCAGUUUGCCGUAGACAAGGCGCUGCCCAAUACUAUGGAGUCCGACGACAUUACCAGAAGUAUUGGAACCACUUCUUAUGCCGCACCGGAGAUGUAUUCUUUGGGUAUAAUCUUCUUUGAGAUGUGUUAUCCUCCGAUGCUCGGCAUGCAAAGAGCCGAGGUUCUUGAGAAGCUUCGGCGACCCAGUCCCAUACUUCCUUCGGACUUCAAGCCUGCCGACAGAAUACAGACAGAGAUUGUCCUAUCUCUAGUAACGCACAACCCGAAAGAACGACCUUCCAGCGCGGAGCUGCUACAGAGCGGAAAGCUUCCUGUCCAAAUGGAGAGCGAGACCAUCCGACGUACACUGGCAGGCCUCGCAGACCCUAGCUCACCGUACUAUAAGAAAAUGCUGUCAACAUUGUUCUCCCGGCCACUGGAACAAGCCAAAGAUUACGCAUGGGAUAUGCACGAAACGAGCCCCAGCCAGGCAGACUUGUUGAACCAGAGCAUCGUCAAAGAAACUCUGAUAUCCAUAUUCCGCCGACACGGAGCUCUGGAAUGCCAACGCACCUGUCUCUACCCGCGUUCCGCUCACUAUGCCGAGAACGUUGUGAGACUUCUGGACUCGAAUGGAACGGUGCUACAGCUUCCCUUCGAUCUAACGAUGGGCCACGCAAGGAUGCUUGCCAAAGCUAGUGGGACACCAGGCGUCCAGCGAACAUUCACGUUCGGCAACAUCUUCCGCGAUAAAGGGGACACCGGACAGCCGUAUAUGCUUGGGGAGGUUGAUUUUGACAUUGUCACGACCAACACUCUCGAUCUGGCCUUGAAGGAAGCAGAGGUGCUGAAGGUGCUUGACGAAAUCAUCGCGACCUUCCCCUCGCUGUCCUCUAGCCAGAUGUGUUUCCACCUUGGACAUUCCGACUUGCUGCAGCUCAUAUUCGAUUACUGCCGCGUCGAGCACGGCUCGCGAAGAGCCGUGGCAGACGUUCUCAGCAAACUUAAUAUCCACCACUGGACAUGGCAGAAGAUCAGGGCGCAGCUGCGGUCUCCCUUGGUUGGCUUGUCAGCGACCAGUGUGGAUGAACUGCAGCGAUUCGACUUCCGAGAUACCCCGUCGAAGGCUUUCUCGAAGCUCAAGACCCUUUUUGAAGGCACAGACUUGUACCAGAGGGCUUCUUCGACCCUGGCACAUCUGAAAGAGGUCUCGGAAUAUGCCAAGCGUCUCGGUGUCGCAAGCAAGAUUUAUGUCACUCCCCUUAACAGUCUCAAGGAAAGCUUUUACACCGGAGGAAUCCUGUUCUCCUGCCUUUACGACAAGAAGGUCAAGGAUGUUUUCGCCGCAGGUGGUCGAUACGACAGCCUAAUCAGAGAAAACCGCCCCAAGAUUGGCAGUCAUUACGAAGAGCGCCACGCCGUAGGGUUCAACUUAUCGUGGGAGAAGCUAUCCAGGACCCCAAAAAGCAGUGGCAAGGCGUUCCUGAAGAAAUCGGAAGAGGAAAGUCAUAAUAUAUUUCAAAACGUUAAGAGAUGCGACGCUUUGGUGGCCAGCUUCGAUGCCGCCGUCCUGCGGUCUACGGGAAUAGAGAUCCUGCAGACGCUCUGGUCGCACAAUAUCAGUGCCGAGCUUGCGAAAGACGCACGCUCGCCCGAAGAUUUGCUGUCCCGGAAUCGCGAUGAGGGUUACUCGUGGAUCAUCAUCAUCAAACAGGACGCGAUUCUCAAGGUCAAAACAAUGGACAAGAAGGACAUCCCCGACGUCGACAUACCCAUGGCGCAGCUGCUCUCAUGGCUGCGAGCCGAGAUCCGGGAGCGCGACUCCAAGUCUUUGGUCAAGUUGAGGAACAACGCCCAACAGUCCGAGACGGGCGCCGCAGUGGAAGCGCACCAGGAGCAAGAUGUGCGCGUGCUGACAGCGCAGACGAGGAGUAAGAAGUUCAAUCGGAGGACGGUGGUGGAGCAGGCGCAGGUGAGCGCUGCCAGCCUGGUUCACUCGUUCCUCGACGGCCCCAUUCUGGCCGUCGAGACAACGGACCAGGUGAUGGACCUCAUCAGAGAUACGUGCUUGUCGGACGGGGAGAGUUGGCGCAAGGUGGAACAUAGCGUGACGACGGCGGAGAAGAAGUAUGUGCGGGAGAUCCACGACAUGUUGCUGAAUUGGAAAUGGGCCUGGGAGAGGAAGAAUGCCAGCCGGCACUCGUUCCUGUACAACUUCAGGACGGGAAACUGUAUUUACUAUGACCUAGGGGCGUAG